AAAGUGGCUCAGGUUUUCAGCUCUGGAUGACUGCCAUUGUACUCAGUGGGACUUUUGUGUUAGAUUCACAGGUUGUGAUACAGUCAUCAUGGGGGAUGUCACGUAUGGUGCUUGCUGUGUUGAUGACUUCACUGCGAGGGCUCUUGGUUGUGAUCUUAUGGUUCACUAUGGCCACAGCUGCUUGAUUCCUAUUGACUCAACUAAAGGAAUAAAGAUGUUAUACGUAUUUGUGGACAUAAAGCUGGAUGCCACACAUUUUGUCAACACAGUCAGACACAAUUUUGAAGCUGGAAAGUCACUUGCACUUUUGAGCACAAUCCAGUUUGUGACAACACUUCAAGCUGUAUAUCAAGACCUGUGUAAAGAUUAUCAGGUAGAGAUUCCGCAGUGUAAACCAUUGUCACCUGGAGAGAUUCUGGGCUGCACUGCUCCCAGAAUAAAAGACAAGGAUGCAUUCAUUUACUUAGGUGAUGGAAGGUUUCAUUUAGAGGCUGUCAUGAUUGCUAACCCAUCUACACCAGCAUACAGAUACGAUCCCUAUAGCAAAGUGUUUUCCAGGGAAUAUUACGAUAUUGAUGCCAUGUUUCAAGCGAGGAAAGACGCCAUAACUACAGCGUCAAGAGCUAAGAAAUUUGGACUCAUUCUAAGUACGUUGGGAAGGCAAGGAAGUCCAAAGGUGCUAGAGAAUUUAGAAGAACGAUUCAGCAAGGCGGGCCUGGAAUAUGUAAUUGUACUCAUGUCUGAAAUAUUUCCGGGUAAACUUGGAUUGUUCGAGGACGUGGAAGCAUGGGUGCAAGUGGCUUGUCCACGAUUGUCCAUUGACUGGGGCUACGCUUUUCCUAAACCUCUACUGUCGCCUUAUGAGGCGUCAGUUGUGCUUGAACAAAUCGAAUGGCAAGAAAAUUACCCAAUGGAUUUUUACGCAAACGCUAGUUUGGGACCCUGGACUGUGAAUAAUGAGCGGAACAGACAAAUACCGGUUAGCAGAAGAAAAAAGAACUUACACACAGAAAAGCUAUCUGCGGAAAAUGUUCCAUCAAACGUAGAAGUCAAAGAAGGAUGUGAUGGACAAACUAAGGAGUGUUGUGGGAAAUGCCAUCAAGAGAAGCUUCUUAAGUUACAAGAUGAUCUGAAAACUAGUCUACAGUAAUACAAAGAGUGCUUCGAGCGAAAACAAUCGCCUUGGAACAAAAGAAAUACGGGAAACAGAAGGCUCCUACCUUAUCUUUCACUUGAAUGGAACAGAGAGAUUUGCGAUCGAUCGUCGCCAAACCAAAAUCACGUCGGCCAAUCUAAAAUGAAAAGUAUCACGAGAAGUAAAUGAGCAGUGAAAACGGGUUAAGCGUGGGAAAACAAGAAUGUUUAAACUGUGAUUAGUUAAAACAAUCACCGAGCGAAUUGAAGCACAACCAGGAACGCCAAGUAAAUGUCAACAGCCUGUUUAACAUUAAUGUGACUGAGUUCACAAGCAGGCGCAUCGCAAAUAAAAUCAAUCAAAUUGAUAUCUUACGAACGUAAUAUUAGGAGAACAGCAAACUCAGCCAAAUCAAGAAUUUGAAAAAGUUUAAGUUCUUGAAAGGACGAUACAUCGUACAUAGCUUACACACUUUUGCGUUCUGUCAAAUCAAAAACACAGCCUUCACCCCUAAACACAAAAUAAAACUGGCCACACGAUC